CAGACUUUUUAAAAAGACAUUUUUGCUUGUGGAAAACUAGUCUGAAGUAUCUACUUUCGAUUACUGAAAACCGCAAGUCUCCAGUUUUCUUUUAUCAAAAGUUUUGAAAAAAAUGGGAACCUGCACUAUUUUGGCGUCGAUAAUAGUUGCAUUUUGUUCUUGAUGUUAUAGGAGAGUUUUAUAAACCCACAUCAUUUCCUAAAUGGGUUAUGAUCAAUAUAACCGAUUUAUCUGAAAAUGAUUGCUUAGCGUUUUAUAAUGAAUUUGAAAAAAUAGCUAAUCAGCGUGGAAUCACUUGCCCACAGCCAUCAUUCUAUACACAAUAUUGGAAUUCUCGAGAACGUUGUUCACCAGAUAUUGGUCAGAUUAUCGUAGACUUAAAAAAAUUUGUGGAAAGCAAUGUUGAUUGUAAAUUUUUUGUAUUUAUUUUAAUGGAUAAUAGCGGACAUCAGUAUGGACCAUUGAAAUCCUUGUUUGAAUUAGAGUUUGGCAUUGUAACACAAAUGUUAAAAAGGAAAACUGUGAUAAAAGGUACUAAGAAAAAUUCAAAUGAGUGGAAUUACGGUACUAUUAAAAAUUUAGUAUUAAAAAUGAAUCCAAAAUUAGAUGGAAUUAAUUCCAUACUAAAAGUUGAUAAUAUCAUUGCUAAUUUUUUUUCUGCUGGACAUGGUAUUAUGUAUUGUGGUGCUGAUCUUUCACACGCUGCGCCUGGAACAGACAAUCGUGAUUCUGUUGUAGCCGUUGUGGCAUCAGCUGACGAUAUACCAAAUCGUUAUUUCAAAGAGCUUCGUGUUCAACAUCGGCCACCUCAAGCCAAAGGUGAAAGUUGGGAAUAUAUUGUCGAUUUGAAAAAUAUUAUGUAUCAGUUAAUUUUACAAUAUUAUAAAUGUCAUAAAUCACCGCCAAAAGCAAUUGUAUUCUAUCGUGAUGGAAUUUCAGAGAGUGAAUUUGAUUCUGUGUUUGAAAAAGAAUUAAAUUCUAUACGAACAGCAUGUGUUGACUUAUGUGAAGCAUAUCGACCACACAUUACUUAUAUUGUUGUACAAAAACGUCAUCGAAUACGAUUUUUUCCCAAAGAAAAUGAAAAUGUUAAAGCUGGAACGGUGAUUGAUUCAGACGACGUUACACAUCCUUUUAAGUACGACUUUUUUUUAAAUAGUCAUCAUGGAUCAUUGGGAACAAGUCGUCCAACUCAUUACUAUGUUUUAUAUGAUGAUAAUCGAUUGACACCCGAUCAAGUUCAGAUGUUAACGUAUGCUCUAUGCCACACGUAUGGUCGAUGUACAAGAAGUGUGGCUAUACCGGCACCCGUCAAAUAUGCUGAUUUAUUAGCACGUCGAGCCGCAUAUUAUCUCGAAACAAAUGAAAUGUCUGAUACCAAAUCGAUUGCAUCUGGUUCACGAUUAAUUCCAUUGGGUCAAGACAUCGAAGUUCAUAAUACUAUAACAAGCGAACCAAUCCGAUUAAGUGAAAACUUAGCACCUGAUUCGCCAUUUUUUCUGUAA